AUGACAGAAACGAAUCAAUCAAUUGUUGUUGGAUCAGGUUUAGCUGGUUUGACAACUACUUUUCAACUAAUUAAUAAUGGAUCGAGAGUCAUUCUAUUAGAGAAAACUGAUAAAUUAGGUGGUAAUUCAGUUAAAGCAAGUUCCGGAAUAAAUGGUGUACCAACAAUAUAUCAACAUAAUAAUGGUGAUACAAUUGAAUUUUUUCAACAAGACACAAUAAAAUCAGGUAAAGGAUUAUCAAACACUGAUUUAGUGUCAACAUUAACUUCAAAAUCUUUAAGUGCCAUAGAAUGGUUAACUAAAGAUAUUGGAGUGGAUUUAUCAAAAGUUACUUUAUUAGGUGGUCAUUCAUUUCCAAGAACUCAUAGAGGUUCUGGUCCAUUACCUCCUGGAUUUGCAAUUGUUUCGAGUUUAAUUAAAAAAAUUGAAGAUAUUCAAACAAAGAAACCAGAUACUAUAACCAUAUUGAAGCAAAGCAAGUUGAAUAAGAUUAUAAGUGAUGAAAAGAACAAUAAAGUAAAUGGUGUAGAAUAUAUUGAUGAAGUCACAAAUGAAACUAAACAAAUAUCUUGUAAAAACUUAGUAUUGGCAACUGGUGGUUAUUCAGCAGAUACUCAAUCAUUAGACACAUCAUUAAUUUCAAAACAUAGACCUGAUUUAUUACAAUUUGCAUCAUCAAAUGGUCAACAAACAACGGGAGACGGAGUUAAAAUCGCUGAAAGAGAUCUUGACGUAAAAUUAAUUCAUAUGAAUAAGAUUCAAGUUCAUCCCACAGGAUUUUUAAACAUUAAUGAUUUAAAUUCAAAAUGGAAGUUUUUAUGUGGUGAAUUAUUAAGAGGUAUUGGUGGGGUCUUAUUAUCACCACAUAACGGAGAAAGAUUUAUAAAUGAAUUAGAAACAAGAGAUGUUGUUACUGAUUCAGUUUUGAAACAUUGUAAUGUUAGUUGUGAUUCUAAUGGACUAGCAAUGGAAAAGGACACUUAUAUCUCUGUAUUAGUUAUAAGUGAAGAAGAUUAUGCAAAAGCUAAUAGUCAUAUUGAUUUUUAUGUAUAUCAAAAAUUAUUACAAAAGGGUACUUUUGAACAAUUGUAUGACUUGUUAAAAAAAAUUAAUCCUAAUUUGGAUUUAUCAUAUAAAGAAUUAAUUGAAAAAUUCACCUACAUUGAUGAAUUGGUUAGUGGUUCCAAAACAGAUUCUUUGGGUAGAAAAUCAUUUGGUAAUAAAUUCUCCAACAAGCCAAUAUAUUUUGGUUUAACAACUCCUGUAUUACAUUAUUCAAUGGGUGGUAUUGAAAUUGAUAAAAAUUCAAGAGCUAUUAAGAAGAACGGAGAAAUUUUUGAAAAUUUAUAUGCUGUUGGAGAAGUUAGUGGUGGAUUACAUGGUGAAAAUAGAUUAGGUGGUAAUUCCUUAUUGGAGUGUGUUGUAUUUGGUAGGGAAGUUAGUAAUCAUAUUUUAAACUAG